AUGAAAAAGCUACGUCUGAUAGCAGUAGGCGUCGGUUUUGUGCUGCUGCUCAAAAUCGCUCUGUCCGCGAGUGCUCCGCUGGAUGACGCUCCGUUGGAGAAGCAUAACUUGGAGCAGAUGCGUACCAUCGUUGAAGGGAUCAUCCACAGUGGCGUCGACAUAAGCCUGGACGAGCAUCAGAUUCGUUUCAUCAAAGCUGACCCAUCGACCGUCAGAGAGGACGUCUACAUUUUCUCCACCGACGAUGCCACUAUCAUUACUGUUACUAUCGAAGAGGUUGUCGAUAAAAACUACGUCCCAAAAGUGGUCUCCUUCGCGGACAUCUUCGUGGACAACGGACAAAAACUGCUGCUGUCGAUGCUCGGCGGUGGCAACAUUAAAACAUUAACCGUUAGCAAAGACCGGUGA